GCAAUUCACGAGCUUGGGUAGAGGGAGAAAGAGACGGCGCCAUAUUUAGAGGUAUUUUGUUGUUUGUCUUCUCUCGUCUUGAGGGAUAAUCUGCAGCUUUAGUUGGGGAAUUUAUAUCAAGCCAGUAGUGCUAAUUCGUUUGUAAUAUCGCCGGACGGACACCGUAAGCUUUCAACGUUAUCAGCGUAAUUUCUCGCUAAAUAUGUCUGGUGUUAUUCGAGGCCCUGCAGGGAACAACGACUGUCGGAUUUACGUGGGCAAUUUACCCCCCGAUAUUCGCACCAAGGACGUGGAGGAUGUGUUUUACAAAUACGGAGCCAUUCGGGAUAUCGACCUGAAAAACCGAAGAGGAGGUCCACCGUUUGCAUUCGUGGAGUUCGAGGAUCCGAGAGAUGCAGAGGAUGCUGUGUAUGGACGAGAUGGCUAUGACUAUGAUGGCUAUCGUCUUCGAGUGGAGUUCCCAAGGAGUGGCAGGGGAGGUGGAAGAGGUGGAGGUGGUGGUGUUGGAGCACCCAGAGGCAGAUAUGGCCCUCCAUCCAGGCGCUCUGAAUACAGGGUCAUAGUGUCAGGACUUCCUCCUAGUGGCAGCUGGCAGGACCUUAAGGAUCACAUGCGUGAAGCAGGUGAUGUAUGUUAUGCUGACGUUUUCCGAGAUGGCACUGGCGUUGUGGAGUUUGUGCGCAAAGAAGACAUGACCUACGCUGUUCGAAAGCUGGAUAACACUAAGUUCCGGUCACAUGAGGGUGAGACGGCAUACAUCCGCGUAAAGGUGGAUGGCCCGCGCAGCCCCAGUUAUGGGCGCUCGCGCUCUCACAGCCGCAGCAAGAGUCGCAGCCGGAGCAACAGCCGCAGUCGCAGCUACUCUCCACGCCACAACCGAGGAUCUCCACGUUACUCGCCCCGUCACAGCCGCUCCCGUUCCCGCACCUAAACAUCCACAUCACAGCCAGUUGGCUGGCCAUGCUCAUACACCCUGUGUUGCCCUCAAUUAGACCCACUGUUAUACUUCAUUGCUUUCUUGACUUGUUUUGUCUCUCCACUUUCCCUGGUUUGCUUUAUCUCAUCUUUGGUUUGUCUCAGAAUAUCUGAACAUUAGAUUUUUUUGGACUGCCAUUUGACUACAGUUAAGUGUAGUUAAGUGAAUGUUCUCCUUUUUCUCACUUCCUUCCCUGUCAUUCCUUUUUUGUUGUUGUUGUUGUCUCCUAUCCCAUGACCUUGGUGUGUUUGUCUCGCAAUCACAUUUUAACUGGAUCGUCAUACUCCUUUGUAUACUAUAUUUGAGACAAGGGACAUGUUUAAAUGCUUGAAGUAGUUGUGUGUUUAAUUUGAUAGUUUUAUUUUGUUAAUGAUGCUAUAAUGUUUUUGUUUUUCUGGGGUGGGAUUUUUUAUUUUAUUUUGUUGGACAACUGUUCUACUUUUACCUUUUCAUGUCUUUCUGUAGACAACAGAAGAGCAGGAUUAAAGAAAGCAUUGGAAUAAAGGAUUUUGAAGCACAGUUCAUUCAUAGUAGGAUAAAGCGUUUUUGGAGAAGGAGCAGGCAUUUCAUUUAAGGAAGCAAUGGUAUGGCGACAAUCAGCUUUAGUCACCUAUAAAACAACGCAGUUCUUUUUUUUUCUAAAGACUUCCAGUACUCUGGAUUUUCUUUGUUCAGUAACACGUUAGUUUUGAUUUACCAUUUUUCCUCCCUUCACAACACCCCCUUCCUCUUUAAUUUACCUUUUAUUUUUUUAUUUAUUUAUUUAUUUUUUUUCCCCCCACUGGUCACUGCUGCUAAGCAUGCAUGUGUGUACUGUCUGGAUGUUGCAAAGCUUGUACAUACAUUUAAAACAGCAUUGUUCUGUUUUUUUGGGGUAUUUUGAAUUUAUCCUUAAAUUGCCUGUUGUUCAGACUGUGCUGGGAUUUGGCCACUGUUUAACCCUCAUGUUGAUUUAUCUAUAGAUACCUAAGAUAUGUAGUUCUCUUGUAAACUGUUUAUUUGUCAAGGGAAAGUGUCUUUUUUUUAUUUCUAGAAGUUAGUUUUUCUUGUUUUUUUCAAUGAAAUAAGCACACUUUAAUUCGCUUAGGUGCUUCUAUAAGUUUCUUCCGGAGCAUAUCAUAUAGUCUGGUAUCCUUUGUUAUUAACAAGAAAAAAAAUUCUAAAAUUAACAUACCGCUCCUAUAAUCAAUUUAUGAUAGAUGAACACAGUAACUGUUCAUUUAGCUGUGAUUCUAACUUGUUACCUCCCUCUUUUUGAUUUUGCUGGUAUUCAAAGGUUUGGAUUGGAGGAGGGGCUCACUGUGUCCCGAUCCUUGGAGCCGGAUCAUUGGAUCAGUUCAGGAUCAGGAGCAGGAUUAGGAUUAGGAUAAGGAUGGAUACAUGGAGCGGGAUCAAUUUACCGGGAGCGGGAACCGUAGGAGAGGAUCCCAACCCUUGCCCCACAUCCCCCCACCAAACCACAAUUAAAGGAGUUAAACGCAGAAAAGGAUACUUGACAUCUAAAUUGGCUUCUUUAGAACCAAAUUAUUUUUUUCUUUUUUCGUGGAACGGCAGUGAUGCGCGCAGAAGGGAUCCAGGCGCUUUUGUUUUGUAAGAUGAGUUUUUUGGUAUAAAAAGGAGCAGAGCAAGGAACCAGAAGGCUGGAUCAGUUGCUUUGGAUGGAAUCCGCAUGAGGAGCGUGGUAAAUAGAGGGUAAUUCUGGGGGGGUUAAUAGGGACAUUUUGAGGGGAUGUUGUAGUUUAUUUAGGGUUUCAAAAAUACAAAUUACUUAUACAUUUGUUGGUGUUUUGCUGUGUUGGCAGUGGUGUUUCUUCCCCCCACAAUUGGCUACUUUCUAUCCCUAGUUUGUAGUGUCCUUUUUUCUUUCACCCUUCUUUAAAUAAAGAUUGAUUGUCAAUUUAA